AGCCUCAGCUGGGAAAGAAGACCAAUAUUAAAAAAAAAAAAACUUUAGUUUGAACAUUCCGUGUGUUUUUUGCUGUUAAAGUCAGACGGAGAUGCAGCAGCCUUCAGUCACACCGAGCACAGACACAGAGCCCGCAGAUCAGUACUCAAAGAGACGCUGCACUGCGAUAUGGUGCACCGUGGCUUUACACGCACUGUCCGUUAUCAUCCUGCUGAUCGGCCUCAUGGCUGCUACACGCACUGGAAACGUAGCAGUGUCUGGCUACUACUCAGGCAUCAUACUGAGCUUCGGGACGUUCUUGGGCAUUGUUGGUCUUAAUGUAGUGGAGAAUCGUAGGCCGAUGUUAGUGGCCGCCAUCAUCUUCAUCAGCCUGGGUGUUGUCUCCUGCUUCUUCUGUGCCAUCGUGGACGGCAUCAUCGCCGCCGAGUAUAUUGACAGGAGACCGCUAAUGGAAGGAAGGUGCGAGUUUUAUGCCAGCAACACGGGUUAUGCGUAUGAAAACUACUACAAUGAGGUGAGUAUAAAGUCUGCUGGAAGAAAAAUCCACAAUGUUCCACCGAACCCUUCAAACUUAGUCUCUCUGGUUGUGUGUCAGAACUAUAACCAAGACUGCAAGCUGAAGGUGAAGGCAAACACCUGUUACUGCUGUGAUUUAUACAACUGUGAGAGCCCAGGGUACCACACACACUACUUCGAGUUCACGGGUGUGAAUAGUUGCUGGGACGUGGUGCACCUGCACAGACUGCUCUGGUCUGACGUUGUUCUCAAUGUGCUGGGAGUUUUCCUGGGCAUCAUUACUGCGGCCAUACUCGGAGCCUUCAAGGACCUGGUUCCAGCUGUUCGCUCCCAGAUGUCCCCGAGGCCGGCUCCUCCCCCACACAUCCUUUACAAUCCCACUCAGCAUGUGGUGACCUACGCCGGGUUCUGUCCCUCUGCACAGGCCCUGCCUGCCUACCCCAACUACCCAGUGCCCAUGCAGCACCUCAACAAUUUCCCAGGAGGCAACUCUGCUCAGCCCAGCCCUGAUGUGCCUGUGACUCCGUCUGAAGAGAACCAGCCUCCCAGUCAGCCCAGCAAUACCAACCCUUCAGUUCCAUCUCAGUCCACCUGUCCAGACACCUCAGGCUACAUGCUCACUCCAAACGCACCCUCACUCUAUCCACACUCAUUAGGGCCCUUCGAAAAGCCUCCACCCUAUGCCUGCUGAAAGACCUGGGUAUUAACAGUUGCUUGGAAAAGAGGGCACACAAACAGUCCUGGUAUAACAGUGUCAUUGUCAGGACGCUAGCUAAGAUUUAGAAGUGUAGAAUAAGAUGCUGCCUUUUAAUGAACAUUAUGUACAGUGAAGCAGGGAAUAUAAUUUAUUAUUACUUUCACUAAGAGCUCCUGUUUUAUAGAAGACCUCACAGCUGGAUUUGAAACAAUGACCAGGUUUUCUCUCUCCUAAGCACAGAGGUAGCGGUUUUCAUCCGGAUAUCUUCCUGUAUGCAUAUCGAAAUUCAUGAAGUCAUAUUAUUUGUGAUAAAUACCACAAUCAUUCAGCCAUCUUUAACCUUUCUUUAUCUCUCUUCACACACCGUUCAGACGCUUCUCGCUAACAGCGUAUUCAUGUUAUGAACGUUACUCCAAGUGGACUCUGAGGCAAGCAAUGCUAGCUUAUUAUGUUUUAGCUCUACAGCCUUUUGUGUUGUUGCUCUGCCUUGAAUUUCUUUACCUGGUUGGGUUCUCCCUCAACAUCUUCUCCUGUAGUCUAGCAUGUCCA